GAAGCAUUUGAAUUACCAGUUAUUCUGUAGUCGCGCUAGUGAAAUUAGCUCUAGAAGUUUAGUAAAGUGUUAUCGUUUGAUACCUUUUACAAAGCAAAAAUGAAGCUGUUUGUUUAUUUAAGUGUCCUGUUUGGGGCACUAAUUUCACGUAGUGUUGUAAAGUGCACGGGAGUUUAUCCGGCUUCAUAUUAUGGAAUAAAACAUAAUGAUGGGAGUUAUAACCAUAGAUACGGAACAGGCGGUUUCAAUGCUAGGUACGCUACAAAUUACGCGACAGGAGCUGGUGGACAAUAUACAGCAUUUAACCGAUAUCAAAGUGCAUCAUCUGGCUUUCAACCAAAUUCUAAUGCAGCAUUUAAUGGAGUGUCUCCCAACGGGCCUUUUUCGUACCGGAGUCCAUAUAAUUUCGGAUACGGUAGUGGAAGUCCUCCAUAUUACACUAAUAGUGGCUAUGGAGGUGAUGGGCGGGGAAACUAUUGGUACCGGAAUCGAGCUGGAAAUUACGAUUCACCAUAUGCCGCGGGGCGGCUAGGCGCGUUCGCAUCUGCACGUAGUAAUAGUGGCUUACCGAACGGUUUGGGAGCAUAUUAUCCCUCGUCUUCGUUCGGUUCAUAUGCCGGACAGAGCGGAGCGGGAUUCAAUGCAUUGGGGUAUCAACCGUUCACUGGCGGAAGGUAUAACCCGGCAAUUUCUUCAAGUGACGGACUACAGGAGCCUUUAGGUAUUACGGGAGAAAAUGAAAAUUCUUUCGUUACAGGUUCCGACGGAUCGUACAACGUUGGUUAUCAAACACCAGUUUUUCUUCGUCAAGGAGCUGGCAAUGCUGGUAAAAAUUUCCAAGAAACAAAUCGACAAUUGUCAGCUGAUGGGGUCACAAGCAGAGAUUUUGUAGGCAACAGGCCAAUCUCAGGUGGACAACAGCCGUCCCCAAUAUCGCCAGCAUUGGAUCCUCCAUCCCGAUCUCGAAUAGGGAACGGUCCAGAUUACGAUUUCAGCAACGCUAGAAAUUCUGGACAAGCCGUGGACUCAAGCCGCAAUCCGGUAGGUUCACAUCAGUUGUUCGGAUCACGUCUGGGGGACUCUACAGGCAUUGGCCUUGGAAAUCCAAGAGGUGCUGGUUUGCAUGGAUUUCAAAGUGAUGUUAAUAAUGCAGGAUUUUCGCAACGAUCGAGCGGUCCUGUCGAUGUCGUUAAUCCAUAUAUCAACGAUGCACGUUUUUCUGGAUCAGCAGCAGGCGGACCGGGUUUCAGUAGAGAAAACGCUGGUAACGCCAAUGCACAAAAUUCAGCUAACCGUCCUUUGCAACAAGGAUUAACAAAUACCGGUGGUGUCACAAAUCCUUCCCGUCUUAAUAAUGGUUUGCGUUAUUCUCCAUUUGGUCAAAGUUCGAGUGGAUUGGUCGGUGCAAGCGGAGUGGGUGGUUUUGGUCAAGGUUUUAAUGCGUUCGAUGGUACAAACAGAGGCUUUAAAGGUAGUCCAGCUGGUGCGGCAAACGGUGCAGGUUUUUCGUUCGGUAAUACUCAAGAUACAGAUCGACAAGGAUUCACGAACGCAGGGCAAGCAUUCACUAGUAAUUCCGCUCAGCAGAGUUUGCCAUAUAAAUCCAGAAGUGUAAGUGGUCUUCAAGAUACUAUAGGAAGCCUGUCAUCCGUCGCCUCUGGAGCCCACAAUGCACAUUUUGAACAUGGUAUCGUAACCGGUGGAGACAGUAAUGUUACUGGUUCAUCAAUGGCCGACUCGGCCCAAUCGUCGGGAGCAGAACAGCUUUCAAAUGGGUCACUAAAUAAUCAAUCGGAUAAUUUUCAAGUUUCUUCUCAAAUCGAAAACGGCAAAAGUGUCAACACAUCUACUAGUGAGCAACAAACUAGCUCCGUGAAAAAUAUUGAUGAUAGGGUAGAAGAACUCGAGUAGUACUUGAAUUCCCUACGGAAAUUUAGAUUCCAGCGCACAGCCACGUUUUACGUUAUAGAAAUAAACAAAAAAUACAAUGAAUUGUAAAUAAUCAAUAUUUAAUACGAAGAAUACACGAUUAUUUUGUACAUUUUUCUAUAUUGCA